AUGGAAAUAAGAGUAGCAAAUAAAUAUGCAUUAGGAAAAAAGUUAGGAAGCGGAUCGUUUGGUGACAUUUAUGUUGCCAAAGAUAUUGUAACUAUGGAAGAGUUUGCUGUUAAAUUAGAAUCGACAAGAUCGAAACAUCCCCAGUUAUUAUAUGAAUCAAAACUUUAUAAAAUAUUAGGAGGAGGAAUUGGCGUUCCUAAAGUUUACUGGUAUGGUAUAGAAGGAGAUUUCACAAUUAUGGUUCUUGAUUUAUUGGGGCCAUCUUUAGAGGAUCUUUUUACCCUUUGUAACAGAAAAUUUUCUUUAAAAACUGUCCUUAUGACAGCAGAUCAAAUGUUAAAUAGAAUCGAAUAUGUCCAUUCAAAAAACUUUAUACACAGAGAUAUUAAACCAGAUAACUUUUUAAUAGGACGAGGAAAAAAAGUUACAUUAAUUCAUAUAAUUGAUUUUGGUCUUGCAAAAAAAUAUCGAGAUUCAAGAUCACAUACGCAUAUACCAUAUAAAGAAGGAAAAAAUUUGACAGGAACAGCAAGAUAUGCUAGUAUAAAUACUCAUUUAGGAAUUGAACAAUCACGUAGGGAUGAUAUUGAAGCCCUAGGUUAUGUUCUCAUGUAUUUUCUUCGAGGAAGUUUACCAUGGCAAGGACUUAAAGCCAUUUCAAAAAAGGAUAAAUAUGAUAAAAUUAUGGAAAAAAAAAUAUCAACAUCUGUAGAAGUUUUGUGUAGAAAUACAAGCUUCGAAUUUGUUACUUAUUUAAAUUAUUGUCGAUCUUUAAGAUUUGAAGAUAGACCCGAUUAUACAUAUUUAAGAAGGCUUUUAAAAGAUUUGUUUAUUAGAGAGGGUUUUACCUAUGAUUUUCUUUUUGAUUGGACAUGCGUAUAUGCAUCAGAAAAAGAUAAAAAAAAAAUGUUAGAGAAUAAAAAUCGAUUUGAUCAAAUUGCAGAUCAAGAAGGACGAGUGAAACAAAAUUAA